AAUAAAAACAAAAGCAACAGUAUCUGUGUGCAUUAGGACUUCCUCUGGAGCUGAGGAGACUGAAGAAUACAGCUGACUUAUAAUGAUUGACCUUUCAUCUCUGUCUGUGACCUGGACCCUGGUGGUUCUGGUCAUAACUCUCCUGUUUAUUUACGGUGUUUGGCCACAUGGGUUUUUCAAAAAACUGGGAAUUCCAGGACCAAGACCUUGGCCUUUCGUUGGCACACUUCUCUCAUACACUAAAGGUUUGUGUAAUUUUGAUAUGGAGUGUGCUAAGAAGUAUGGAAAAGUUUGGGGGAUUUAUGAUGGAAGACUCCCAAUAUUAAUGGUCACUGAUCUGGAAAUUAUCAAAACCGUUUUGGUGAAAGAAUGUUAUUCUAACUUCACUAACAGAAGGAUUAGAAAAGUAGACCUGGCUGGCCCCUUUGGUGACGGUAUUAUUAUGGUUAGAGAUGAGAAAUGGAAGAGAAUCCGCAAUUCACUCUCCCCGUAUUUCACAAGCGGACGACUGAAGGAGAUAUUUCCCAUAGCUGUGACACAUGCAGAUCGUUUUAUUAAAAACAUGCAGAAGCGAGACCAUGAGCAGCCAGUUAAAACAAAAGAAGUUGUCGCUCCAUAUAGUUUGGAUGUCGUCACCAGCUCCUCCUUUAGCGUUGACAUCGACUCCAUAAACAACCCGGAUGAUCCUUUCGUUAUUAACAUCAAGAAGUUUGUCCAGUUUAAUGUCUUCAGUCCUCUCUUUUUGCUAAUACUUAUGUUUCCCUCUUUUGCAAUUCUUUUGAGCAAACUGGGUAUAACUCUUUUUUCGAAGUCGUCUAUGGAUUUUUUCUACAGUGUCCUGAGAAAGAUUAAGGACGAGCACAAGGAAUCAGAUGGUCGAGUAGAUUUUCUCAAGCUGAUGAUCCAGAAUCAAAUACCUGAUGAUCAAGCUAAAAACGAUACAAGUGACCAGCCAGCAAAAGGACUAACAGAUCAUGAGAUUCUCUCACAGUCCCUUGUUUUCAUCCUCGGAGGUUAUGAGACUACAAGCACCACUCUCACUUUCCUCCUCUAUAAUCUUGCGACUAAUCCAGACUGCCUGGAAAAGCUGGUUGAGGAGAUUGACACAAACUUCCCUCCUGAUACUCCCAUCACAUACGAUGCAUUGAUGAAAAUGGAUUACUUGGAAAUGGCCAUCAACGAAUCAAUGCGUCUCCUUCCCACUGCCCCACGCUUAGAGAGGGUCUGUAAGAAGACUGUGGAGAUCAAUGGCGUGACAAUACCAAAAGACACUCUGGUUGGAAUUCCUACAUAUGUUUUAUGUCGUGACCCACAGCUCUGGGAUUCUCCCGAUGAGUUCAGGCCGGAGAGGUUCAGCCCAGAGAGUAAAUCAGAGAUUAACCAGUACGCUUUCAUGCCUUUUGGACUCGGGCCUCGGAAUUGCAUUGGAAUGAGAUUUGCCCUAAUGAUCAUGAAACUGCUUGUUGUGAAGCUUCUUCAGAACUUCACUGUGGAAACAUGUAAAGAGACACAGAUCCCUCUGGAGCUGAAUGUUGUUUUUCAGCCAAAGGUUCCCAUCACACUGAAGUUUAUUCCAAGAUCUCACAAGGAAAAACAAUAAUAAGAUUGAAUAUGCAUUAUAAUAUUUACGUGGUUAUAAUUCUUCAUAUUUUCUUAAUAUUUUACACACACACAUAUACAUGUCUUUAUUUAAAGGGACACUGUUUCUUUAAAUGAUAAUAGUUUAAAUAUAAUAGUUUUGGCUGAUGUAAUAUAACACUGGUGGCUGUGGACACACCUCAAAGGAGGACUCCCACAUGGUGAAAGGAAAAAGAUCUUCAUUUCUAACUUAUAAGUUGCUCAAAUUAUAAUAAAUAUUAUUGUGACAGCACUUGUAAUAUUUGUUACUGCAGUUACCAUGGAUUAAAUGCAAAAAAAAAAAAUUGUUU